AUGGGCCUGGAUGGAGCAACUAAGUCAUGCCAGCUGGCAGCUGCAUACUACCGCACUGCUGCUGAGAUCGCGCUGCGAGACCUUGAGUCUCCUGAUGCAGCGAGUGUGGAGUUCAUCCGGCUGUCCCAGGAGGUGGAGAAGGGCGAUGCCUUCGCCGGGCAAGGGGGGGAGGACGACGACAUCUUUCAGUACCAGGAGACCCUAGCGGAAGCUGGAGACACGCGGGCACAGGCAUGGCUGGGCCACCGAUACUACUGGGGAGCAGGGGGAGUGCCGAGAGAUCGAGGAAGAGCCCUGGAGUAUCUCCAACGAGCGGCAAGGGACGGGAACGUGGAGGCUCAGUACAACCUUGGGGUAAUGUACGCGUACGGUCAUGGCGUGCCCAAGGACAGGAACGAGUCGCUCAAUCUGUUCCGCAAGGCUGCCGCUCAAGGGUAUGUGGCCGCACUCAAUGGUCUCGCGCUGUCGCUCACCGACGGGUCGGCAGACAACAACUUCACCGAAGCCUUUCACUACUUUAACCAGUCGGCUCUGUCGGGGAACGCCGACGGGCUCUACAACGCUGGCUUGCUGCUCAAGGACGGACGGGGGGUGGAGAGGAACGAAGAGCUGGCGCUGGCUUACAUUACUAACGCAGUAGCGCUGGACCACCAGGCCGCUCGUCUGGCUCUGGCUAUGAUGCACAUCGAGGGGAAGGGAACGCCGCAGGAAGCUCUACGCAGGUCCUUUGAGCUCCUGACCAUGGCAGCUAACAAUGGGAAUAUGGAGGCUAAGAGGAUCAUCGGAGAUCACCUGUGGUACGGGCAGGGGACUCGGGCCAACCGUGGGAAAGCCAUGGACUACUACCUGCAGGCAGCUCGGGGGGGAGACGAGGAGGCGGCAUUCAACCUUGCAUGGGCGACCCUUGCAGGCCUGUCAGGGGAGCAGAGGAACGCAACGAGGGCGCGCAUGAUCGCUGCCGAAGUCCUACAGGCUCGACAGUGGGACCUCUCCUCCCCCAAACUCCUGCCCUUUUGGCUGGUCUGGGGUAUCGCGGAGAGCAUCCUUUCGGUCGACAAGAUGAAGGAGGCGCUGCUGGAACCAUCCACGUUGGGAGGAAACUGGAAGAGCUUCCUCCUCUCAGAAGCUCCCAGCGGGACAAGGGAAGGUAUCCUGCUCAGCGAGUCUGAUGUCUUUGUGAGCCUGCUCGCAACCCUCGCCCUCAUCCGCCUCGUGCAGCGACUUAUGCAGGGACCAGCUCGUCCACAGGAGAUGCCGUAG